CGAAAUCUUCUCAGUAUUUGAGCUUUGCUUUCUCUCCUCUUUUACUUUCUAGGAGAAUUGUUCUCUUUAAAUCCAAAAGUGAAGAGAUAGGCCUGCAAAAUGCCAGCAAUAAGCUCUACCAAUGAACCUGUACCAGAACCAGAACCCCUCACUCGCCUCCCUUUCAAGCCGGUCACAAAGUCGCAUAUUCUGCACUGUUCAUAUGAUUACUGGCAUCCAAAAUAUCGUUCUUCGACCCUCAAAUCUCGAAUUAUACCACUCACUCCGGCUUUCCUCUCAUACAUCCGCGAAGAUGGCAUUGUCCUUCCGCCAGAAGUCUCAAGCUUCCCUCCUCCCUCAACGUACAACGAUAACUCGACAAGCUACGGCUGGGACGAAGAUCCGGAUGUCGACCCUUCUGAGAACUUUCCCGAGAUUCAUCAACAGAUCAAGGACACAAUCGCAGAGCUAGGCGGCUUGGUUGCACCGAAGCUGAACUGGUCUGCGCCCAAGGAUGCAACUUGGAUUAGUAUGAAGAAGAAUAGUAUGGAAUGUGCCACACCCAAUGACAUAUACUUGUUGCUCAAAUCAUCGGACUUCAUAACCCAUGAUCUAGAGCAUGCAUUCGACGAUUGUGCCGAGGACGAGACCUUGAUGAAGGACGACAUAAAGUACGCCCUGAUAUUGAGAAAGUGGUUUAAAGUCAAUCCAUCAUGCGAGUUUAGGUGUUUUGUCCGAGAAAGACGAGUGAUAGGCAUCUGCCAACGAGAUCUCAACCAUUUCGAAUUUCUCUUCCCGAUGAAAGAACAGAUGCGAGACACGAUUGUCUCCUACUUUGAGAAGACAUUACAGAGGACAUUUCCAGAGAAGGAUUUUGUCUUCGACGUUUAUCUGCCGGAACCAUACGACAAGGUCCGCCUCAUGGACGUCAACCCGUGGGCACCUCGAACUGAUCCACUCCUCUUCUCCUGGUUAGAGCUCCUCACAAUGCCACUUCCGAAACCCUUACUCGGAGUACCAGACUCGGGGAAUAACCCGCCAUUGCCACCACUGAGCAGCGAUGAAGACACACAAGAUGAACAAGAUGAGGAUGGUGUCGAGGAAGUCGUCUGGAAACCAGAAAUAAGACUCGUUAGGAAGAACGACCCAGAAGCCUAUAGUUUCGCAUCCCCACAAUACAGCGCACACAAGCUCCCUAGAGAAGUGGUAGAUGCAAGUUUGAGUGGAGAAAGUGGAAUGAGGGAGUUUGCAGAUCAUUGGAAACAAAUGAUGGAUGGGAAGAUAGACUUGCAGAUGCCAGGUGAGGAGAGCGAAGACGAAGAAGUAGAUGCAAGAUAGAUAAUGAACAUCUUGUCUGGCCAAUUGGUGC